UUUUGAUGUGUUGCGCUGUCUGACUGUAAAGUUGUUGCUUUCUGACAUGUGACUAAAUUAAGGGUAAAUAAGUUAACGUAUCAUAUAACAUGCACAUUACGUUCACGGCAAAAGGUCAUCAUGGCGACGGAGUUUAAAAAGGGUGGUUAUGGCGAUAGCGAUAGUCAGUUAAAGUUAUGUUUAUGUGGGUUUAUUUUAAUGAGUUUUUAAGCACUUUUGUUUGCAAUACUUUAUGCAGGAGACUAGUGCAAUUUGCAUAACUGUUAAUGUUACUGCAGCAACUUAAUGUUAUUCAACUCUGGUCCUGUAUGCAUGUAGUCAACUUCGUCAGCAAGUUUGAUUAUCAUCACGCACGAACAGUCCACAGGAUGUAUCUGGUGGGGCUGACGGGGGGCAUCGCCUCAGGGAAGAGCACCGUGUCCUCCAUCCUCAGAGAGCUCGGCUGCCCCAUCAUCGACGCUGACGUCGUGGCCAGGCAAGUGGUGGAGCCCCACAGCAGAGCAUAUGUGCAGAUAGUGCGGCACUUCGGGCCCGACAUCCUGGAGGAGAGCGGCGCCAUCGACAGGAAGAAGCUGGGCCAGCUCAUCUUCGCCCACGACGACAAGCGCCGCCUGCUCAACUCCAUCACCCACCCCGAGAUCCACAGAGCCAUGCUCAAGCAGAUCCUGCUCUACUUCCUCAAAGGUUAUCGCUAUGUAGUCCUAGACGUUCCGUUGCUGUUUGAGACGAGAAGACUCACCCGUUUCCUCAACCACACCGUCGUAGUAUACUGUGACCCGGCGACGCAGCUCUCGCGGCUGAUGCAGCGCGACGGCCUGACCCAGGAGGAGGCGGAGCAGCGCGUGGCCACGCAGAUGCCGCUGAAGGAGAAGCGCGGCCUGGCCAGCCACGUCGUCGACAACUCGGGCGGCCGCGAGGACACCCACCGGCAGGUGCUGCGCCUGCACACCGCGCUCGAGGACUCCAUGGAGUUCCUGCUGGUCCGCGCCGUCGCCAUGGCAGCCGCCGCCGGCCUGGGCGGCAUCCUCCUCUACACAAUCAAGCUGCUGGUGUCCUAGCAACGGCCGGCGAGAGAGGAGGGACGGACGACCUGGAGGGUUCUAUAUCAGGGACUUGUGGGGGGGGGGAUUCCGGUUUGGGAAUUACAUGGUUCCCAUGGCAAUGGUUGAAGUGUGACUGCACUGAUAAGCUGGGAGUUUUUUAUUUUUUAUUUGCUUACUCAAAAAGAAAAAUAGAUUUUAAGGACUGCUAACACUUUUUGAAAGAUAUCACAUACAGUAAUUGGAUGUAUCGGACAGUCUGCUGUAGUCUGUGCUGUACCCGUGUGUGUGUGUGUGUGUGUGUGUGUGUGUGUGUGUGUGUGUGUGUGUGUGUGUGUGUGUGUGUGUGUGUGUGUGUGUGUGUGUGUGUGUGUGUGUGUGUGUGUGUGUGUGUGUGUGUGUGUGUGUGUGUGUGUGUGUGUGAUGUCUGAUUUUUUAAUGCACCAUUAAAGCAGUGACCUGUGUGUGUUAAUUCCAAUAUGUCUGAUUGGUGUUGCACAGUAGAACACUACGUGAGAGGUAGCAGUGGUGUGAAUAUGUUCUUAGGUUUCUUUCUUUUUUUAAUGUGAACAAGCAUAACAGACACAAUGCAUUCUGUACAGUUGCUGCUACCUUACAGUUUUUACAGAAAGAAGAAUGUAUGUGAUAUCACGUGUCUUUUCCUGUAUGGAAUAAAUAGGAUUUACUCACUACAACCGUAA